GUCCCAACUGAAAGUCCAGAAAGCAAACCUAAGAAGAAGCGUUUGGCGGAAAUCUCGAUCGAAGAAUUAGACAAAAAUCGCAGCUUGAAUCCAAUACAUACGCCAAUUUCCUCCGAUAGUGAAUUGCUUGUUGUUUGGUAGCUCGGCCACCCGAUUCCGAUCCAUUAUGGCCUCUAAUGGUGCAAUUCCGAGAGCGGAAGAUGCCGGGAACAGCUUGGAGAAGAUCAAGCGGCAGCUGACCUCUGGGUCUGGUCGGAAUUUGUUGCAGGGUCCCCUUCUCAAGCGAUCUGAAACAUUGAGGAAAUGGAAUGAGCGAUGGGUUAUUUUGGACCCAACGACAGGGAAAAUGGAAUACAAAAUUAGGAGAAAUGAGGCAACUAUCAAAGGAACCAUUAUAUUUGAUGCAAAUAGCAAUAUUACUGUUUCUCCUGUGAAUUUCCAUGGGCUACCAAAGUAUGAUGGUUGCUGUGUCUAUAUUGGUACCCCCCAGAAGCAAGAUUACUUUCUCUGUGCAGAGACUCCUGGUGCAGCUAGAGCUUGGGUGUCUACUUUGCAUGCAACCCAGUUGGUUCUUAAGGCCCAUAAAGAGGCUGUAAAUUCCUUGAGUGGCAAUGGCUCUGCAAAAUUGGGAACAGUGGCCACAGUAGUUGCUGCUGCCAAUUCAAUUGCCCAGGAGAGUUCCAAAGAAAUUGAAAAAGCAAUGCAGAUUUCUUUAAGAAAUACUCUGGGAAUUGUGGCAAAUAAAAUAACUGAUGGCCCAAUGGAUGAUUUAGCAAUUAUGAAGGAGACACUACGAGUUAAGGAUGAGGAACUACAGAAUUUGGCUCGCGAUCUUCGUGCACGAGAUUCAACAAUAAAUGAUAUAGCUGAAAAAUUGUCUGAGACUGCUGAAGCAGCUGAGGCUGCCGCUUCUGCAGCCCAUAUGAUGGAUAAACAAAGGAAAAUUGUUUGUGCAGAAAUCCAACGUAUAAAAGAAGAUUCAGAGAAGCAACUGGAUGCAUCCAUGUUGAAGAUUAAAGAAUCUGAAGCAAGAUUAACUGAUAUGAGUAGAGAAAGAGAUCAGUUGAUAAAACAAAGAGAUGCUGCUAAUCAGGAAGCACAUAUGUGGCGGUCUGAGCUUGCAAAAGCUAGAGAGCAGGUUGUGAUUCUAGAAGGCGCUGUCGUGAGAGCGGAGGAAAAAGUCAGGGUUGCAGAGACAGAUGCUGAAGCAAGAAUAAAGGAGGCUAAACAGAAAGAGGUAGCUGCUUUGCAGGAGAAGCAGGAGCUUAUGGCAUACAUAAAUAGGUUACAAGCACAAAUUCAGAGACAACAUAUACAAGUUUUUGAGGAGAAGAUGGAGUCUUGCCCAGGUAAUGGUAGUUCUCUGCUAACAAAGCACGUUGACUCAUCAGACGAUAACGUGGACAAAGCAUGCUUGAGUGACGACUCUAGGGCAAUACCAGUCUCUGGUGAGGUUAAUCUACAACCGAUUGGAGAUGGGGAAUGGAGCGAUAUUCAGACAACGGAAUCAAGAAUCGCCGACGUUAGAGAAAUCGCUGCAGAAACCGAAGGAAGCAGCUUAGAUAUCACUGUUGUUAGCCAACCAGUCAGCAGCCAUCAUGAGCAAGAUGUGAACCCUGCACAUCAGCCUUAAACAAAGAAGAAAAAAUGCAUGUCAACUGUCAAGUAAACAAUACACAGCACCCAGUUAAGAAAAAUGCCCACUGUUUUUGCAUUCUUCUGUGGGAGUAAUUUUCAAAUUAUUUGACUGACUGAUCUGAUGUUGGUGAUGUGGUGUACAUUUCUGGAUGUUAGAUGCUUAAGUUUUAACAGAAUGCGUCUUGUCGUGUGAGCCAAUUAAUCGAUUAUUUUUACUGUUGUGUAGAGAGCCAGGAGAUGUAAAGCUAGAAAGACAACAUUGAUGAGUGUUUUUUUAAUUGAUACUUAGCUUCAUUCCUGCUGUUGUUUUUACA